UGCCAUGCUUCUCGGCCUUGUUCCUCAAGCCACAAUGCCUCAGUUCCAGACCUGGGAGGAGUUCAGCCAGGCAGCUGAGAAGCUCUACCUGGCAGACCCCAUGAAGGUACAUGUGGUUCUCAAAUACAGGCAUGUUGAUGGGAAUUUGUGUAUCAAAGUAAUGGAUGAUCUAGUUUGUUUGGUGCUCAGAACAGACCAAGCGCAAGACGUAAAGAAGAUUGAGAAAUUCCACAGUCAGUUAAUGUGACUUAUGGUGGCCAAGGAAUCCCGCAAUAUCACUAUGGAAACAGAAUGAAUGGUUUGAAAUGAGGAUGACUGUUAUGUUGUUGGGAAGUAAUCAGCUUUUGAAACGGAGAGUGUUGGGAAGGAACUAC